AUGAGGAUGAUGCAAACUUUCAUGCAACCACGCACUACUCGAUUUUUCGGAACAAGCCCCAAGUGGAACCGAACAUCUCCCAUAAAACUAAACUACACUUUCUUACCGGAUCACAUGAUUCAGAAUCGAACAUCUCCCAUAAAAUUAAACUACACUUUCUUACCGGAUCCCAUGAUUCAGAGCUUGAGUCUAGCGGAUAUUAGGCUUAUGUUCCAACAGGUCUUUGGGCGUUGGGCUGCGGUGAUUCCCAUAACUUUCGUAGAAACAAAUGAUGUGAAUCAUGCGGACAUUAAGAUUGGAUUCUAUGUGGGAGAUCACGGUGAUGAAUCUCCAUUUGAUGGGAUGUCUGAGAAUUUUGGCGCACUCUUCCGAGCCUGA